AUGCAGCGCCAUCAAGCCGAUCGCCUUCAACGGUGGGCUAUGGUCAUGGCUAGCUAUAACUACUCGAUCCUUCACAUCCCCGCUCUGUUGGCGUACUUGCACUGGACCCUGUGUCUCCACUGCAGACUGCUGAUUUCGUUUGGCCCACGAUGA